CGUGUAAAUGUAAAGUCUCUUUCUCUGCUUAUCCGAGUGACUCCGGGUUUUGGUGUCUGCCUGCGAGCGCGUGUGUCUGUCUUUGUGUGUGUGUGUGUAUGUGGACAUCGGUGGAAGAUAAAGAGAGAGAGGAGAGGCGAGAAGCAUUUCUUCUCCCCCCCAUAUCCCUGCUCCUUGCCACUCCAUCCUUCCUCCCCUCUCCAGCCCUUUCUUGGAGCCGGACCAAGAUCCCCAACCACCUGGACCGCCCCGGGACCCUUUGACUCUCCUCACUUCUGUCCCACUAACAUCUCAGAAGGAAGUCACCUCCUCCUCGGGGUUUCCCGGAGUGAACCUCUGCUGUGAUUCUCAAAUACUUCAGGACUUCAGGUGAUAAUCUCCAUCCCGGCCGCUGCCACCCAGGUGUAUAGCAAGCGUCCAUCGUCCAAAUUCUGCUCAAAGGUUGCCUGCCACAGGUCACAUGACCUGGAAGAAAAACCCUAGAAGACUUUUGGGAUCCCUCUGUGCAUGGGCCGGUUAUCAACCUCAAGGGAAGUCCAAAGGCUGAUGAACUGGUUUGAGCAGUGAGAGUGAGACGACUGCUGGGCACCUGGCCUCCCUCUAGUGUCCUGUAUGACCUGAGGACACCCGAGCUCUGACCACACUUGCAGGUGACGCUGGAGUACCAUCGUGCAUACACUCAUUACACAAACAUCCAACCCUGGACCCUGGACUGAAUACAUCACUGAGCAUGGAGCCCACUAAGGUUCAGUCUGAGGGUGGCCUUAAUGUCACCCUCACAAUCCGUCUCCUCAUGCACGGCAAAGAGGUCGGCAGUAUAAUUGGAAAGAAAGGAGAAACUGUGAAAAAGAUGCGAGAAGAGAGUGGCGCACGCAUCAACAUCUCGGAGGGCAACUGCCCGGAGCGGAUCGUGACCAUUACAGGACCCACAGACACCAUCUUCAAGGCCUUUGCUAUGAUUGCCUACAAAUUUGAAGAGGAUAUCCUGAACUCCAUGAGCAACAGCCCAGCCACCAGCAAACCUCCGGUCACCCUCAGACUGGUGGUACCGGCCAGUCAGUGCGGCUCCCUCAUUGGAAAAGGCGGAUCCAAGAUCAAAGAAAUCCGCGAGUCCACAGGAGCUCAGGUCCAGGUGGCAGGUGACAUGUUGCCCAACUCAACAGAACGUGCCGUGACAAUCUCUGGGACCCCAGAAGCCAUCAUCCAGUGUGUCAAACAGAUCUGUGUGGUCAUGCUGGAGUCUCCACCAAAAGGUGCCACGAUUCCUUACCGUCCAAAGCCCGCCUCCACACCUGUCAUUUUUUCAGGUGGUCAGGCUUACACAAUUCAGGGACAAUACGCCAUCCCACACCCAGAUCAGUUGACCAAGCUCCACCAGUUGGCUAUGCAGCAAACCCCCUUUACCCCUCUUGGACAGACCACCCCUGCUUUCCCUGGUUUGGAUGCCAGUCCUCCAGCCAGCACCCACGAGCUCACCAUUCCGAAUGAUCUCAUAGGCUGCAUUAUUGGGCGCCAGGGAACCAAAAUAAAUGAGAUCCGACAGAUGUCCGGAGCGCAAAUCAAAAUAGCCAACGCCAUGGAGGGCUCGUCGGAGCGCCAGAUCACCAUCACGGGAACUCCUGCCAACAUCAGCUUGGCCCAGUAUCUCAUCAACGCCAGGUUCAGGGACGUGGCUGCCAUGUGGAAUGACCCCUCAGCCAUGACAACAUCUUGAAGUCCCCCAAAAACUGGCUCUGAUUUCAGACGCUAACUUCCAAACCACAAUUGUUGAUGGUUUCUUGUUUUCCAUGGAUACAGUUUAGUAUUUUCUGUAGAAGCACUGAGGGUUGUUUGAGAAAAUAUCAACCUGUAUUUCUAAAGGUUCGGUUUGUCAUUUUGGGAAAUAUGUCAUAGAGGUUGACUUUAUAAUAUAACCAGAAAGAUCCAAUUCAAUCCAUGAUUUAGAUUUCGUUUUUUUUUUAGCUGUUGAAGGCUUUGGUGGCAUGUUUUCAUGUUUUAUUAGAAGUGGGCUGGUGAAACACUAUCCUCAGUUUCUGAGCCCAGAAGGUGCUGCGCUUGGUGUAAACAUGAUGUUUUCAAUGAAAUAGUUGUUUGAAGCCAAAGAUUUCAAAGCAUGGCUGUAAAUGAAAACAGUUUUCUGAUCGUAGAAAUGAUCCACUGCAUUCUACGGCUUUGACUAUCAUUGCGUCUGCAAGUAGGUUUUACAAUCUUGUUUAAGAUAUAUGUACAUGUUCAUUUGAUAGACAUUGUCCAGGAGCUGAAUGCAUAGACUUCAUUGUAACCACAGCAAUGGUCUCCAAAAUGAGGUUGUGGUUAGAGGAUAGUGUUUUAUGUAUAUUACACAUCUUAUUUUAAACUUGAGUUUUUCAGUGAAGAUAGCUUGAUCUUUUCCACGCUACGUUAACUUACUGCACAGGAUCUUGUUCCAUCGUCCUGCAGUUUUUCAAACUAAAUGCGAACGAAAGCCGUCUUUUUCCAAGGCAGCCAUGAAGGCGUAUGUGAGGAGGUUUCUCUGAACACGUCUGGUUGCAAGGUGACUUUGUAAGCCUCUCUCCAGCCGUGCAAACCUGCUGAUGGGACACAUUUUUCAUUCAAAAGAAAAGCGGUUGGGUCGCUCAUCCACCUCGUUUUGCUGAGCUUAGCUUAUGAUACGAUUCCAUCACAGGGAUCUUUAGGAGUAAUCGAUCUUGUUAGCCAGCGAAGACGCAUGUUUCCCAAAAUGUCCAACUCUUCCUUGUUGACUGAGCAUGCUCUGUUCUUAACCUGUUGUUCUUACAAUCAAGUAUCUUUGUGCCACUGUUCCGUUGGUAAAGACAUAGUAGUCAUUUUCAGAACAAGGAAUAGAACGAUUGUUUGCUCACAAAACUGAAAUUAUGAAUGCAUGAUGUUAGGAAACAGUCGGAGAAUAAAUACCUUCAGUUUGGUGGUGAUGUUUAGCUCAACUGACUUCAAGGUCAGGUAUUUAAAAUUUAUCGGUAUUGGCAACUUACAACCCACCUCCUCCCCUUCUCCUCCUGUGUAUCUUCAUAGCUGUAUUUAAUGGAGGAGUAUUUAUUUUUCACUGAAAGUGUCAUGUCAUGUACUAUAUAUAUAUAUGAAGUGUUUGUUAAAAUAAAUGAUGAUAGCAUAUUCAUACGCGUUAAAACCAGCCUGUUACAGGGACGUUCCGUGUGAUUUUUGAGCGACACAAGCUUCACAAAAAGCUAUUUUUACGUUCGUGCAGGCGUUUUUUCUUACACACCUGCUUUGUUUUGUCUCCUUUCCCACCCUUUCCCUCCUCCCAAACACUGUCCUAGGCUGACGUCUGAAGUCACCGGAAUGGCCUCGCUCUAGUUGCUACUGCCCUCUGUGCGUCACGUGACCUUUAGCAAGAACGUUUCCUUUAUUGCCGUAGUCUUCACUUUUGAUGAUCACAGCCAAUGAGUAUAUGCACACUGCUGUUCCAUGGAUGACUUUCCUACACCUUGUUGCAUCCUGUCUGUCUGUCAUUUUCUAGGAUUUUAUUUGUUGUUUCUCUCAUCACAUUUUCUGGAGGAAGAAAGGGAAAAUCUGACUGACUGUCCCGGCAACAGUCAGACUUCAGUUGACUUCAGGAAAUGAGACUCAAAUGUGUGAUUGGUGGAGACAGUGAUAAGCUUAAGAAAAGUAAAAAGUUAAAAAUAAAUAAAAGUUUUAAAAAAGUUUUUUAAAACAAUCAAAUAUAUUAAAAAUAAUAAAAACUAAAAAUGUAAUGAAAAUAAAUAAAGAAAAAACAAAACUUAAGAAAAAAAAAACAUAUUACUUUGUGACACUGAAAUAGCAUGUGUAGCUUUAAGAAAGUGAAUGUAAAAUAUGUAUAUUUUUAAUUAAAUUGAAUUUUUAUCCAGGAUUCCUGAUUCCUUCUACAUAUAUGACUCAUGAAAUGUUUGGACUUUUGGGUAAAAAUUCCAGGAUGAACCUAUAUUCUUGGGGACAUUUAAACGCUCAAAUCCAAAUGUUCACUGUUUCAGUAGUUUCACCAAAAAUCUCUACGCAGGAGAAGCCAGUAGACUUGGUAUUCUAUACCAGGCUCACAUGACAACAGCUAACAACAGAGCAACAGGGCCUCGCCAUGGCGAGGCUUUAAACAGGAUGCUGUCAGGGCGAGGCGCCGCUGAGCAGAGUGUUGUCAACAGGCUGCAACGGAGACGGAGAGAUUGGAAGAGUCAGAGAGAGGCAUAGACGUGGUUGUCCUUUGAUGAAUGAAGGCCUCACUGUGAACGGCGUCCUGAUGAUAAAUGCCACUCCACUCCAGGCACAUUUAAGGCAAGCAAGGGCACCAGUCAGUGUCCAGUCAGACCACAUUUGUCAAACUGAAGGCCCGGGGGCCAAAUCCAGUGCAGAUUCUGUGGUCUGCAAGAGCUAGUAAUUGGUAAUAUUUUUGCCAUUUUUUUAAUCUGUUGACACCAAUAUCUCAUGCAUCAUAGAGGUCCUUCUGGCACGGGAUACAUCCUCAUGCUCUCGGCUCAUCCAACAUGUUGCUCAUUUGCAUUCUUUGCAUGAGCAUGUUCAGUGCCGUGAAAUGUUGCAUCAGCAUGGACGUCCCCUGCUUUCAUCCAGUGGUAUGUUCCAGCCUCUCGUCUGACUGCUGGUCGACUUCCCGAUUCAACUAUUGUGUCACUGAUAGACUCUUCAUUCUUGCCUUUUUUGGAGACAUUUUCAUUCACCAAUUGCUCCAGUCCUUCCCACGGGUCUUCUGUUAUCGAUGAAAAAAGAAAUUCUUGUUUAUUGACAAUUUUCAUUGGCGACAAAGAGUUUUGGGCCAAUCUACAGUCCUGUUCCUUUGAUAAACACAUAUAGCUCAAAUUAAAUAAAAAAAAAAAACAAUUCAAAUACGUUGGUGUUAUGACCUGUGCUCGCUAUAAAUGCCAUGAAUAAAUCUAAAAAUUCCCCCCAGAACUUAUUAUGGUGAAAUAGUUCAGUGAAAGAUGGGAAGCCAGAUGAAUGCUUGCCUCAAGAAGAAGGCCAAGUCUAUGUUGUGAGUCUGUGGUAAAGGAGGAGAAUGUAUAUAUUUUGAACCACAGAGAACCCUAAAGCAAAGACAAUAAAUGUUCAGCAAUAAACUUUGUCUACGUUUAAAAUUUUUGACCCCCAUCUGCCUAUUCAAAAUUCUUUCAUCCCACUUGAUUUAAAAUAAAUUCACGAUACAAAUGACGUCUUGUUCUAAGACGAUGCAUUUUACGUAUCAAGCAUUGGUCUGUUGACAGUUUUUUUCACUUAUUUCAAGGUAGAGGUACCUUAAAAUAUCUAAACAAGUCACACCUUCAUGGACAACAGCGUUCAUCCUGGCCGCACCGUUGCUGCUGAAUCCAAGGAUUCACCGUUGCUGCUGCCAACAGCUGCUGCUGGGUGGCCCACACUUUCUCCACACACCCAUAGAACACCUCAGUGGGAUCAUCAUGUACAGGAUUCUAACUCGAGAACCUCAAUAGCUGAGCGCCACACUUUAAGAUGAGUGGGGCACAAUUCCUCAUUUAGUUGACUUGACAACAGCACGAGACGGAGAUGAGUGUUUUGCAACCUUCUUCUAGCCACUUGGUUAGUUGAAAAAACCCUCUGAGGUUUACCAACAAAGGACCUUGGCCAAAGCACAAUUGUGCUUAGUUGAAAGUCUUGGAGAAAAACCCUUUUCAUUUGUGAAAAAUCUUAACUUCUGACACUCCGCUAUUUUGACCUGUUAUUUGCAGUGACAAAUUGCAGAAAAUGUAUUUGUUUGAAAAAGUCUCCAGAAGGGGCUGGGAAAUAUGGCAAAUAUAUAUCAGAAUUAAUUUAUUUAUUUUAAAUAACUGUUUCAAUUUUAUCACUCUGUCUUUUACAUGAUUUUAUUCUGGUUUGGGGAAUUUCCUAACAAAUCCUUACAAUUCUUUGCCUCAGCUUGCUUCAUAACAACAAUGACUCUUUCUCUCUUCACAUUUUGGAGCACAUUUAUUUGGUUCUGCAUUUAGAUUUCAAUGGACUUCUAAAACACGAAGCAAACUUUGCUAGUUUACAGGUGGCAAUAAAGUUCUGAAGCGAGAGGUCACGUCAGCUCUGUUGUCUUUGGCGUAGUGGGUCCGCUAAGGAACAAUCCAUCUUUCUGUCGUGAAGGUGUGUGGUCACAAGUUGCGCAUUUGACCGGCUUUUUCGCUGUGAGUGUGUUGGAAGAGGAGCGUUGCGCAACACUGCGCGCUGCAUGUGUUGGAGCGUAGUAGUGUCAGCAUAGAUCUAUAGUGUAUAGAAAGAACGUGACCAAAUCCAUCUCCUCACGUUGGUAGCUUGUCAAGAGCUUCUCAUGAUUUAAUGUCAUCAUAGCGCCCACCUCCAUCUCCGGACAAAUUGGGUGAAACUGGAUCAUGGCACACUUGGCAGUCUCUCCGGUUGAAAAACACUGGUCUACUUUAUAUACGUUUUUUGGAGCGAGGAAAAGAGUGUUGUUUAAACUUACUGUACACCUCAAAUUUCACCCAAAAGGUUCUGAACUUUAGUGAGUAGUGUACGUUGGCAAUGACCUUCAGCUUAAUGCUAGUAGCCAUUUGAAGUUUUGGAAGCCCUUCCAAAACAUGCUGCCGUUGAACCAGGUUCAGUUCACCCACGCUGGCAUUCCGUCGUUCUCCGCUCUCUCUGCUGUUCCAUAAAACAACAGUGGAGCUUAUAGCAUAAAACAGCGCUGGUGUGUGUGUUUGCACACACAUGCAGCUCAUUUGGAGUAUGGAACACAAAGUAGGCGUGAUCCUUCCGAGCCAUGAUCAGAGGGUCUCAUUUCCAUUUCAGCUCAUUGAUGCCUCUGUCACCGUGGGUUAUGACAGCAAAUCCGUGUUUAUGCUCUGCAUGCGUAAGCACCCGCAUCUACCAGAACGCAUUGUGAUUUUUCAUGUUUUUAGAGGAAGCUGGGGUCGUUUUUCAGAUCACAAGGGUUAAUCAAGCAUCUGGAUGUAUGAGUCUCUAUAGACCAUCACCUUGGUUACAAAUAGUCAUGUUCACUUUGAAUAAAACUGAAGCUGAAUGUGUAUUGAUGUGAACAUUUACUGCUCAUCAGUCAUUUUGUUUGGUGUGUGUGUGUGAGAGACGCUGUGUAGCAAUGUAUUUUUAAUCGUACGGGGAUGAAAAAUAAGUAAGCGAUUGACAAAUAAACGUGAUUUUCAUGUUUAUUUAUGAGAUUUAGGUUUUCAUUCAGUGAGAGCAAUGCGAACAGCCUCACAUCAAGGCCUGUUUCAGAUCCGUCUCUUGAAACUGAGGUCGUGACGGGAACACUUUUUCAGGUUCAUUUGAGGGGAAACAAAUGCAACUCACUCGUGGGAAGUGUAUGUUUACUUUGCUGAUGAGAUUCAAGGACAAUUCAAGGACUUUGCUGCCACAACGUUUCGAGGGCUUUGUGCUCAUUUGGCGAUAGUUUAAUACAAAAAAGAAAAGACUGGAGCAGAAAACCUGCAGUGAUAUGUACAACUGUUGCCGAUAAUUUAAUGUCCUGUCAAACCUGAAAACGGGAAAAACAUGAUCGUGUUUGUUCAGAGAUGAAUGCGUAAAGGAAUUAAAAUUUUGAGUCAAUAAUGCUAUGUUGAACUACAGCCUUGGCCUGAGGUAGCACGACUUUGAUGGCCAGAAAAUACAUUUCUACGUCAAGAGUUUUGUAGCAUCGCACAGCGAGACACCUCUCAGAGCUACAGUUAUUUAAAUACUCUAGAUUUUAUUUUAUUUCUGGUGGCUGUUUUUCGUUAUUUGUACUGUUUGUUUUUAAAUAUUCAAUUAUGUAUUUUCGAACAGUGUCUUUGGUAAUGGACUGUCAUGUUGCCGCUGAUGCUAUGUGUGGUCACCCAUUCUAACCUACCAGUACUGAGCGACUAUCCUGCUGCUACCAUGCUGAGUUUUGUUUCUCUACUCUCAAGAUGAUGUCACGAUAUGAUGAAGCAAUGCUCCGAUGAUGUAGCGCCAGUAAUUCGACUAUACUCAGCAAUAGAAAGCCAUAGUCGCGUUCACGUGGCUCCGCUGACAUACAGCUCUAAAGGAAGCGUUAACGCAAUGCUGAAACUUUGAAUGAAGCAUGCAAAUAUAGCCUCUGGAAGUAUUGCUCAUAAAUGCUCAUGUUCUGUAUAAUACAUAAACACAUGCUGGCUGAGUAUUAAUGAAAAGAGAAUCACACAAAGUGUGUUUAAUAGAACCCACUGUACUGAGUGUCUAUUCCAUUUUUUCUGAAUGAGCAGACAGUUCUUAUAUUUUCACUCACAUCACAGCACGGCUCUCGUGAAAACCUCGUGCAAUUGGAGACACAUCGUAGUAGAAGCCAUCAUGUAAGGUUCACCCUGCAGCAGGUGAGGUGUGUUUGAUACGUUGGAUCAAUAACCUUCUGUAAAUCUGUGCUGGAGUCUAUUUAUGGAAGUUGAUUCUACAUUGUUUUGUAAAAUAAAGUUUGUGUUCUUUUC